AUGAACCCUUUAUUAUCGGGGAAAUCCAAACCCAGUAAUAAUAAUAAUAAUUAUAAUAAUAAUAACAAUGGUAAUAUUUUUUUAAAUAAAAAAGAUAAUAAUAAUAAUUCUAAAUUCAAACAGAAAUUUAAUCAUAAAAAAUUUAGUAAUAAAAAAUUUAAUACUGAUAAAAUUAAUAAAAAUGAAAUUCCAUCAAAUAUAAAUUCCAUAAAAAAAGAUGAAAUUGAUUCUAUCAUUGGUCCUCUUUUAAAUAACCCACAAUCAAUGGGGUUUUCUCAAUUCAAACACGAAAAAAGAGUCUUGCCAAGAUUUCUAAUAGGUCAAAGACCACAGUUGGUUCAAAGACCCUUAGUUCAAGACCCUUGGGAUAAGGCAAACCAAUUGAAAAUGAAUCAAUUGGAAAGCUCAAUAAACGAUCUAAAUGAAUUAUAUGAGACUUUAAAGAAAAUGAGAAAUUUCGAAAGAAGAAUCAUGGAAAGUAAAGGUCUAGUGGACAAACCUGCCCUGGCAAAGGAUUUAAAUGAUGCAAUUAUUUUCCAAGGGACGUGUAUGGAUAUGUGUCCGACUUUUGAAAGAUCCAGAAGAAAUGUGGAACAUACUGUUUUAGUCUAUGAACGAGAUUCAUCAUCAGAUAAAAAGGCAUCUCGAUCCAAAGCGUUGAAAGUAUUUGCAAGACCUGCAGCAGCAGCAGAACCUCCUUUACCUUCUGAUGUAAGACCACCUCAUAUCCUGGUAAAAUCCUUGGAUUAUAUCAUCGAUAACUUACUAUCGACUUUACCGGAUAGUGAAAGUUUUCUAUGGGAUAGAAUGAGAUCUAUUAGACAAGAUUUUACGUAUCAAAAUUAUUCAGGUCCGGAAGCUGUGGAUUGUAAUGAAAGAAUUGUUCGUAUCCAUUUACUAAUUCUACAUAUUAUGGUGAAAUCCAACGUUGAAUUCUCUUUACAACAAGAAUUAGAACAAUUACACAAAUCUUUAAUCACACUAUCGGAAAUAUAUGACGAUGUCAGAUCAACUGGUGGCGUCUGUCCUAACGAGGCAGAAUUCAGAGCUUAUGCCCUAUUAAGUAAGAUUAGAGACCCAGAAUACGAUAAAACUAUUCAAGAAUUACCAUCUUCCAUUUUCCAAGAUAAUCUAGUUCAAUUUGCUUUAUGUUUUAGAAGAAUCAUUUCCAAUAGUAGUUUUUCUGAAAGAGGUUAUAUGAAAACAGAAAGUUGUUUGAAUUUUUAUUCAAGAUUUUUCCAGCUGCUUAAUUCUGGCAACGUACCAAUUCUUCUUUCCUUUUUUUUGGAGAUUUACCUCAAUGAGAUCAGAUUUUAUUCUUUGAAGGCAUUAUCAUUAACUUUAAAUAAAAAAUAUAAACCAGUGUCUAUUUCGAUUUUUAAAGAAUAUUUAUCAUUUAAUGACUUCCAAGAAAUUGAAGCUUUUUGUAAAUAUUACUCCAUAGAUAUACAAAAUGACUUCAUCGAUUUAAAAUCUUUGACACACCAUUCACAUAAGUUAGCCGAAAAGAAACCUUUAAAACAGACAAUUUUAUUAUCUAUAGAUUCUCAAUUAUUAUCAUUGAGUUAUAUCGAUUUAAUUAAUUCAGGUCUACCAAAUUUUACUAGCACUCCAAUAAAUGAUACGAAAAAUGUUGACAAUAUUAUAGAUUCAAUACCACUCCCAAUAGAAUCUAAUAUAUUUUUACCUCCUAUAGAUCUUCAUCCCGAGGAAGUUACUCCAAAAUUGGAGCCACCCAUCAUUAAACCUCCAAUAGUUAAUAUUUCCACACCAAAUGAUAACAUAGACAAUAAGCCCACUAUCUCUACAAAUAACAAGGUUACUGUAACUAAUAAUCAACAGGAAACGAUCCCCCAAACGAUAUCAUUUUCUCGUCCUGAGGCUCCCUCAUUUUUCCAAACUUCAAAUUCUUUUAAUAUUGGGAAACAAGAUACUUCUUUAAAACAAACAUUUAAAACCCCCAAUCUAGAAACCAAUUUCAAUAAGAUAAGUACUCCAAAUAUGACAAAUUUUUUUCAAAACCAGCCUAAAAUUGAUGUGUUUAAAACACCAGUUACUAAAGCAUCGGAAGAAUCUAAUAAUGGGUUAUUAUCAAACAUCAAUAAUAUUUUGAAUGAUAAAGUUCCUAAGACAACACUAGAGUCAUCUCCGUCUUCUAGAAUACAAUCAAAACCUAAAGCACUCCCAGCAUCUAGUUUUACCCCAUUAGCAUCUCUCGAUACUAAACCUAAAUCAUUGGAGAAAUCCGAAUCACAACCUUCUGCUGGCUCUUUUAGCCCAGCACCACGUUCAUCUUCCACUUCAAAUAAUGAUAUUAAAAUAGAUACUGCCAGGAAUGAGUCUGAUAUAGAAGUCACACAAUCUAUAAACAGAAAAAUGCAAGUUAUAGAAGAACUUUCUACAGAAUUAUUUGAUGCUUUCUUUAGAGAAAAAAUAUAUUUACUUUCGUUAGAAACCAAAGCAGAUAUGAAGUAUUCUUCUAUUUUAAAAACCCGGUUUAUUAAUAGAUGGCGUUCUAAAUAUGACAAUGUUAUAAACCAUAAAAAACGAGAGACUAUGCAAAUAUUAGAAUUCCAAAAUGUCAUUAAUGAGCUCGGAAAACCUAAUUUUAAAGAACCAUCUGAAUAUUUAUUUACACCAAAUUUUAAGAAAACUAAGCAUACUAAUUUAUUAAAUUCCAUAAACAAAUCAUUACAGUUAUCUCCCAUUAGUAACGAAGUUAAUAUAUUUUCUACGAAAAUUCAGAAAGAUUCCAAAAUUUGGGAACCCUUCAAUCUUGAUAAUUAUUAUGAAACUAUAGCAUCUCGCUGUCCUAAUUUCGAAGAAGCUAUUUGUGAUAUUUUUAUAUACUCUAAAAAUUACAAUCCUAUAAUCUUUCAAUGGCUUCUUCGUAAAUUUAAUAUCAAUGAUUAUAGAAUUCCUGAGAAAAAAAUAUUAAAAAAUGUUUCAAUAUCAAUAAAUGGCAUUGAUGAUAAAUAUGAUACAUCACUUUUUAAUAAUGUUCAACUGCUAGUGUUUAAUACAGGUGUGACUAAUGAUGAUAUAUUCGAUUUAGAUUUGAAAUUAAAGCAAGAUGGGGAAGAUAUGAUUAAAUUGAUGACGGAUAUUGCUGUAAAUACGAAUAUCAAAUUUGAUAUUUUAGUAGUAUAUUGGGAUUCGAAUGAUAUACAACUUUCAGAUAAAAGAUUAUCGAAACUACUCCAGCUGGGGAAAGUAUCUAAAAAUUUCAGAGUCUGUCUGAAUAAUAUUAUUAUUGUUAGAAUUGGUGAAACUGAUCCUCAUAAUAUUUUAUUACACGGGUUAAAUCAGAUAUCGACUUCUUUUAAAUACUCAUUAACUGAUAAAGGCCGUAUUAAUUUAAGUUUGAAAAAUCGUCGUUCAUUAGCAGGAAUUGGUCCACAGGAAGUACAAUUAAGAGCUACUGAUAAAUUAGAUGCUAAAUUAAAGAAAAUUCAAGAUAAUGAAAAUGCAAAAUUAUUAGGAGCCAUUGACAAGCGUAAUACAUAUCAAUACUUAUUUUCACAUGUGGAAGCAUCACCAAGAAAAACUAAGAGAAAAUUGCCUGUACUAUUAAGUGAAAGCAAGAGUAAUAAGUUCAGAACACCUUCAGGUAGAAAUAACACUUCAUCACUAAGCUCUUUUGGAAAUUUAUCUCAUUUGGCGAAAAAGGGUAAAAAUAAUAUGCAUAACUCCAACAAUAUUUUAAUAUUCGAGACUCCAACUUAUGCCACAAUCAAUAAUCGCUCUUAUAUGACUCCUGGAAAUGUGACUAAAGAUUCUAAUGAUAUAAGUUAUAUCCGUGCCCAAUAUAUCCAGCACAUACCCGAAUCCAACAAUUCUUUAUUAUAUAAUACGCCUACUAAUCCGCCAGUUUCUCAAUUUCAUGCACCAAUGAUUUCCAGCCCAGAUAAUAUUGCUAAUAAUCUUUCAGAACUCCGUAGUCUUAUUGACACAGUCAAAAAGAGAUAG